CUUGAAUAUCUGACUCGGAGGGUUGAGUACAUUAUCCCUGGGCCUUUGAACUGACCUCGCUCUGGGUCGCACAGAGCUAGAUCAAGUCCUUGGCAGAGGAUUUCUGUGAAGAGACCGGGGACUUGCGGAGGAAUGGCAUGGAACGCGUCUUGCACAAGCUGGCUGGAGGCCAAGGCUGCCCUGGAAAGGUUCUACCUCCCCAUUUUCUAUGGGAUCGAGUUUGUGGGGGGCAUCCUGGGGAACGCAGUGGUGGUCUUUGGCUACAUCUUCUGUCUGAAGACGUGGACCAGCAGCAACAUCUACCUCUUCAACCUGGCCAUCUCCGACCUGGCCUUCCUGUGCACCCUGCCCGUGCUGAUCCGCACCUACGCCCUGGGCGGGUGGGCCUACGGGGAUGCACUGUGCCUGCUGAACCGCUACCUGCUCCACGCCAACCUCUACACCAGCAUCCUGUUCCUGGCCUUGGUCAGCGUCGACCGCUACCUGCUCAUGCAGCACCCUUUCCGGAACCACUGCCUGCAGCGGAGGGCCUGGGCCGUGCUGCUCUCCCUGGGCGUCUGGGUGCUGGUCACCCUGGAGCUGCUGCCCAUCCUCUCCCUCAUCCGCCCAGCAGGAAACAGCUCCAGCUGCACCGACUAUGCGAGCUCGGGGGACGCCCGCUCCAACCUCCUGUACAGCCUGUGCCUGACGGUGCUGGGCUUCCUCGUGCCCCUGGGCGUCAUGUGCGGCUCCUACCUGAAGAUCCUCUUCUUCCUGAGGCGCAGGACCCGCCGGCUGGCCUCGGCGCUGCCCCUGGAGAAGCCGCUGCGCCUGGUGGUCCUGGGCGUGGGCAUCUUCUCUCUGCUCUUCACGCCCUACCACGUGCUGCGCAACAUGAGGAUCGCCUCGCGCCUGGGCGCCUGGCCGCAGCCGGGGUGUCCCCGGGUCAUCAUCCACACGCUGUACAUCAUCUCGCGCCCCGUGGCCUUCCUCAACAGCGUCAUCAACCCCGUCUUCUACUUCCUCCUGGGGGACCACUUCCGGGACAUGCUGAUGAACACGCUCAGGCAGCACUGCAAGUCUCUCGCGCCCUUCCGACGGUGACCCCCAGGAAUGGCCCUUCCUGGGGGCUGCAGGGGCCAGGAGUGGGCCCCUCAUUCACCCUGGCCUGCCCCUGCACUCCAAACCCGGGCAGCCCCAGGGGGAGCAGUGGGAGGGGCUCCUUCCGGUCCCCAGAGAGUGACAGAUAGUGGGACCAGAGCUUGGGAGUCUGACGGCUGGUCAGCACCAGUGGAGCAGGACACAGGCACGGUCCGGGUGUCACACCCAAUCACGGGUCCAGCAGUGGAUCAUAUAAUCAUACCUGGGUCAUACGGCUCGCUGCUGUUCUUAAUCUCACAGUCCUGUGACUCCGGUGAGGACAGAGAUUGGAAGCCAGCCUCGUCAGGCCUGCUCCUGAGAAAGUGCGGUGGUCCCAGUGAAGCAGCAGCCCGAGAAGCCCUAGAGAGAGACCCCCGGAGCCUCAGUGCUGACAGACAGGGGGUCCCGACAGGGGGCCUGUGACCCAGCAGUUCUCUGCUACAUGGUGCAGAAUGCAAAGAAUCCUAUGAAUCGGAAGUGAGAAACACGGCAACAAACAGCCGUGUCUGUGCUUAGCUCGCUGGGAAUUUCGUUGCCAAGGAUUUAUCGGAACAGGAGAGAGAGAUACCAGGGAGAGAUAUAUAAAUGUCAGUGUUAUAGAGUCCAAAGAAAGAUAUAACAAAAACUAUUAUAUUGAUUUUAUUGUGGUGGUUCCAUCUGGCAUUUUAUUAUCAUAAUCUGUCAUUCAUAGAAUGUAGUAAAGUUCAUUACCCCGCUGUUCUUGAUUGAUUGGUUA